AUGGCCAUUGAGCCUCAAAGCCUGAAGGCAGCACGGUCGUCGGCCUUGGCGGCCUCGAUGGCGGUGUCGAAGGUUCCAAGCCACACUCUCGACCUGCGCUUGCUGGCGGACUCCUCUGUAGUGCUUCUUCUCCAGCUGUUUCUCCAGUUUCCCAAAUUGGAUCCAUUCGGCCUUCUUGGGGAGAGAGAUUUGCAGAGAAGUUAUUUUCCAUUGAAAGCGAAAAUGUCUUCACGUUUUGUCUUUCUUCUCCUCCUUGUAGUCAUCUCUGCAACGCAUUCAAAUGCAUACCCUUUAUCAACGCAGAACAGAUGGAUCAUAGAUGAAGCAACAGGACAACGUGUGAAGUUGGUGUGUGCCAAUUGGGCUGGCCACCUUCAACCAAUGAUGCCUGAGGGUCUUGACAAAAGACCCUUGAAGGAAAUUGUCGGUGAGCUUGUGAAGCUCAACUUCAACUGCGUGCGUCUCACCUAUGCAAUCUACAUGUGGACACGCUUUUCUCAUGAGAAUGUGAGUGCCAACUUAGCCUCUUUGGAUGUACCAGAAGUGGUUGAAGGGAUUGCCAAGAACAACCCUUCUGUGUUGUCCAUGACACACAUUCAGACCUUUCAUGCUGUUGUUCAAGAACUUGGAGCUCAGAAUGUGAAAGUGUUGCUUGAUAACCAUGUCAGUGAGCCAAUGUGGUGCUGCAAUGAUGAUGAUGAGAAUGGCUUCUUCCAUGACAGACAUUUCAAUCCUCAGGAAUGGGUGCAUGGCCUUACUAUGGCUGCUGAACACUUCAAUGGAAACCCUGCUGUUGUGGCAAUGAGUUUGAGGAAUGAGCUGCAUGGCCCUCGCCAAAAUUUGAAGGAUUGGUACAGGUACAUGAGCCAAGGAGCAGUAGCUAUUCACAAGGCAAAUCCAAAUGUGCUUGUGCUUAUCUCAGGUUUGAACUAUGACACUGAGUUGCAGUUUUUAAGGAAAAAACCAUUGAAGAUAGACUUGGGUAAGAAAAUGGUGUUUGAGACACAUUUGUACUCAUGGUCUGGAAUUGGAACCCUCAAAUUGAAAGAGAUAUGGACAAAGCAACCAUUGAAUAGGAUAUGUGCCAACAACGUUAAAGCCAUAGACUACAGAGCUGGAUUCCUUACCACUGGCGAGAAUGCAGCUCCUUUGAUUUUUACAGAGUUUGGAUUCAAUGAGGCAGGUUCUUCAGAAGAAGACAACAGGUUCUUGACAUGCCUGCAAACCUAUCUUCUUGGAAAGGAUAUGGACUGGGGAUUUUGGGCUUUCCAAGGUAGCUACUAUUUGAAGAAAGACCAGGUCCAAGUUGAGGAGUCAUUUGGUGUAAUGGAUGCAACAUGGCGUAACCUUAGAUAUCCCAAUUUCACCGACAAGUUCCAGCUUUUGCAAAGAAAGAAUAUUGAACCUAACUCCAUGGCCCCCAUUGUAAAUAUCUUGUACCACCCACUAUCUGGUCAAUGUGCUCAAGUGAAUGAGAGGAAUGAAGUUGAACUUGGAAGCUGUGAGAGCAAUCACAGAUGGGUUCGUGGAGAAGAUGAGACUAAAAUGCUUUUACAUGGCUCUGAGAAGUGUUUAACAGCAACUGGUGAAGGGCUUCCAGUUGUAGUUUCUGAUUGUGAAAGGAAGAACAGUUCAUGGAAAUCUGAAUCUCUUUCUAAACUUCACUUGGCAAUGAAUGAACAGGAGGAACAACUUUGCUUGCAGAAGGAUUCUAACUCAUCCACCAUUGUGACUGCAAAGUGUAUCUGCAUAAAAGAUGAUUCUGAAUGUCUUGAUGAUCCUCAAAGCCAGUGGUUCCAGCUUGUUCAAACCAAUGUGUAGCUUAGGUUAAUUGGAUUGAGAGUCUAAGAUUACUAUUGCAGAAACCUUUUAUUUUUUAUUUUUUUAUUUUGCUUUAUUAUUUUAUAUUCUUCGUAGUUGGAUUCAGAAAUUACUAAUACGUUUGGGUG